AUGGACAAUCUAUCCCCUUUACAUCACCUUAAUCCUUAUUCUCAUCAAAACCCUAAAAGAAAUCACAUGCUACCUAAAAGCCUUCCACCUCCUUCAAUUUCUCUUCCAAUUCCAGAUGCCCAUUUCCCCCCUUCUUCUCCUUUUCAAUUUUCUCCUCCAAAAGUUUCUCCUUUUUUUCACCCUUUUGAUGAAUUCAAUGAGUUAACAACUUUGAAUUCUGUCAAGGAAAUGCAUGCCCAGAUGGUUAAAAACCCUAAAAAUGUGAACUUUACUACAAUUGAUGGAACCGUGAUGAGAAACUAUUUGGAGUUUGGUGAUUUUGUAUCAGCAAUAAAAGUGUUCUUUGUGGGUUUUGCAAGGAAUUAUCUUCUGUACCAUUCUUUUGUGGAAGAAUUUGAAAGUUUUGGAGGUGACCCAUCUGAGAUUUUGGUGGUUUUCAAUGAAUUGCAUAGUAAAGGUGUGGAAUUUGAUAGUAUAGCUUUCACCUUUAUUCUGAAAAUUUGUAUGGCUUUAAAGGAUCUGUGUGUUGGUUUGGAAAUUCAUGCUUGUUUGAUCAAGAAAGGGUUUCAUGAUGAUGUACACUUGAAUUGUGCAUUGAUCAAUUUCUAUGAGAAAUGUUGGAGUAUAGAUAAGGCAAAUCAAGUAUUUUAUGAGACUCCAAAUCAAGAAGAUUUUUUGUGGAAUACAAUAGUUAUGGCGAAUUUGAGGAGCGAGAAAUGGAAGAAUGCCUUAGAGUUGUUUGGUAAUAUGCAGAGAGUUUCUGCAAAAGCCACUUCUGGCCUCAUUGUCAAGAUGUUGCAAGCAUGUGGAAAAUUCAGAGCUCUCGAUGAAGGAAAACAGCUUCAUGGCUUGUCGUCUUGGAACUCAAUAAUUUCGAGUUAUACGGUCGGUGGCUGUUUGAGUGAUGCAUUUGAUAUUUUCGCCAAAGAAAUGGAGUGUUCUGGUAUUAAACCUGAUAUUAUAACUUGGAAUUCGGUUUUGUUGGGCUAUGUUCUUCAGGGGUCAUUUGAAAUGGUUCUCACUAGUUUUCGAAGCCUGUGUAAUGCAGGCUUCAAGCCAGAUUCGUACUUGGUAACUAGUGCUCUAAAAGCAGUUAUUGAAUUAGGUUUCUUUAAAUUAGGGAAAGAAAUCCAUGGUUACAUAAUGAAAAGUAAUCUUAACUGUGAUGUAUAUGUUUGUACUACAUUGGUGGAUAUGUAUGUUAAGAAUGAUUGCUUAGAAAAGGCUCAUGCAGUGUUCCGUCACGCAAAGAACAAAAAUGUCUGCACCUGGAAUUCUUUGAUAUCAGGUUACUCCUACAAGGGACUGUUUGGUGACGCCGAAAAACUAUUGAAUCAGAUGGAGGAGGAAGGGAUAAAACCUGAUUUGGUGACAUGGAAUUGUUUAGUUCCAGGUUAUUCAAUGCGAGGCCGGAUCGAGGAAGCUUUGGCAGUGAUGAAUCAGAUCAAAAGUUCAGGAAUUACUCCUAAUGUGGUGUCUUGGACUGCUUUGAUAUCAGGAUGUUCUCAAAACGGGAAAUACACCGAUGCUCUAAAGGUUUUCAGCCAAAUGCAAGCCGAAAAUGUAAAACCUAAUUUGAGAAUGAUUUGCAGCUUACUUUGUGCAUGUGCAGGCCUGUCUCUGUUGAAGAAAGGCGAAGAGAUUCACUGCUUUAGUAUGAAACUUGAGAUCGUAGAUGAUAUGUACGUUGCAACAGCGCUCAUUGAUAUGUAUAGUAAAGCAGGAAAGUUAGAAGUAGCAAAUAAUGUUUUCAGCAAAAUUCAGGAGAAAACACUUCCGUGUUGGAAUUGCAUGAUGAUGGGAUAUGCUAUACAUGGCCAUGGUGAAGAGGUAAUGAUUCUUUAUGACAAAAUGCGCGACAAGUGCAUUAGACCCGACGCGAUAACGUUCACAGCUCUUCUAUCUGGCUGCAAGAAUUCAGGUUUAGUCGAUGAAGGAUGGAAAUACUUCGACAGUAUGCAAGAAGAGUAUAAUAUUAUUCCAACGAUUGAGCACUACUGUUGCAUGGUAGACCUUCUUGGAAAAGCCGGGUUUCUUGACAAAGCUUCGGAUUUCAUCAAAACUAUGCCGAUUAAGCCAGAUGCGAGUAUUUGGGGUGCUCUUCUAACAUCCUGCAGAAUUCACAAAAACAUUAAGCUAGCAGAGGUUGCAGCAGAGAAGCUUUUCAAGAUGGAACCAAAAAAUUCUGCUAACUAUGUGUUGAUGAUGAAUUUAUAUUCGAGUUUAAACCAAUGGGAUGAUGUGGAGCGUCUUAAACGCUCGAUGAUUGAUUUGGCGAUGAAAAGUCCACCUGUUUGGAGCUGGACCCAAGUUAAUCAGAGUAUUCAUGUGUUUUCGACAUAUGGGAAACCGCAUCCAGAAGAAGGGGAAAUAUACUUCGAGCUAUAUCGGUUAAUUUCCGAGAUACGAAAUCUUGGUUAUGUAGCUGAUCUCAAUUGUGUAUGUCAAAAUACUGAUGACAACGAGAAAGAGAAGGUUCUUCUGAGUCACACUGAGAAGUUGGCAAUGGUUUAUGGAGUGAUGAAAACGAAAGGUGGAUCGCCAAUUAGAGUUGUUAAGAACACAAGAAUUUGUAGCGACUGUCAUACAGUUGCAAAGUACAUUUCUUUGGCCCGAAAUUGCGAGAUUUUACUUAGAGAUUAUGGUCGUUUUCACCAUUUUAAAGACGGAAAAUGUGCUUGUAACGAUUGUUGGUAA